UCCGCAUUAAUUGUGCUGUAUGUCAAGAUUUUAACCUCUGCGUUACCUGUUUUACUUCUGGAGAAGAAUUGGAGAAACAUAAGAGUUGGCACGAUUAUCGUGUUUUGGAGCAAUACUCGUUCCCAUUAUUUAACGAAGAUUGGGGAGCAGAUGAGGAAGAAUUAUUGAUUGAGGGCGCAGAAAUGCAUGGCUUGGGUAAUUGGGCAGAUAUUGCAGAAUUUAUAGGGAAUCGAACAAAAGAAGAUUGUGAGCAACAUUAUAUGAAAGCGUAUGUUAAUAGUGAAACAUGGCCACUGCCGGAUAUGAAUGUGAAAUUUCAAAUAGAUGAAGAGACGAUGCGUGAACGAAAACGGCGGCGUUUGCAGACAAUAGAAAAUCGACCUCAAAACUCAACGCAGAAAACUCCUACAAAG